AUGAUCAUCACAAAACAACAAGAUAAUGAUAACCUACACGGAGUAAUUCUUUUUGAUCCAUCUUCCUCAUCAUCAUCAACCAAGAAAAUUAAACAAGAAGGAGCAACAGUAGCAUCAUCAACCAAGGUUCUGUUUGUACCCACUACUUCUCAUGAAAAGAGAGAAUUAAAACGAUUGAAAUUAAUGUUUGAAGAGUGGUAUCGGGAAAAUGUUGGUCCAAUCAAGUCUGAUGAUGUAAAUACCACAACAACAGCAACAACAAAGGCUGUUCAAGAAGAGGAUGUGGAGAACGACGAAGAGGAGGCACUUUCUUCAGAUUCCGAGUCCGAUGAAGACAACACCACACCUUCAAAGGCUGACAUCAAAUCAAUGAAACCAAGAAACAACUCUACGACAACAUCAUCAACACCAACUAGGAAAAGUGAUCGUCAAUUGAAAAACACGUCAAAGCUAAAAAUCUCUGUACAACAACUCAUCGAGGAGGGUCAUUUACAUGAUGGAGAAACUUUGUAUUUCAAUGGAUUUAAAAACGAACUUUCUUUCAAAAUUGAUAAAGAGAAGGGAAUAAUAUGGAAAGAUGAUUCAUUUUCUUAUUUGAAACCGUUUUACUUGAGAUUAAAGGAAGACUUUGGACAAAAGAAAACAUGUAAUCCUUGGAAUACGUUUUAUGCAUUAAGAGAUGGACAACGUAUUUUACUAAGAAAAUUUAGAGAUGCAAUGUUGAAAAGCAUUGAUUCAAAUUAUCGGUCCAAAGAGAAAAGUCCAGAAAAGAAAAAAAGAAAGAGAAAUUCCUUUGUGAAAGUUUCUAUUUAUGACAUGGUUGAAAAAGGACUGCUCAAGAAUGGUGACGCAAUAUACCUUGUCGAUGGCAACACUGCCUACCACGCCAAUAUUGUUGAGGGCAAAUAUAUUGGAUAUACGGAUGGAAAAGGAAAAUUACACAAAUUCGAGACAACCAAUUCAUUUAAAUCAUUCCUAGGAACAAACGGAGGUAGUUGGAACAAAACUUUUGUAACAGGGUCAGGAGGAAACGGAAAGCCAGAUAAGUCGUUCCAAGACCUUCGAGACAUGUAUUUAAAAAGUGAAUCUAAGCACUAA